AUGACACGCCAAGAUUCAAUAACCGAUUCCGUAUCUUCCAAUAAUUCCCUCAACUACUCAUCUGAUAACAAGGAUCAGGGCCAUGUCAAGGAUUACAAUAAGGAGUCUGUCACCCGUGUGGGUUCAGAAAGCUCCACAGAAUCCGAUCAGCUUGCCAAAAAUCCAUUCUUGAAUCCUAAAGUGGAAGAAUACUAUCGUGACUUGUACACAAACUCUGGAUACGAGAGUUACUCUGCAUUCGACCCAUACUUUGAAUGGACAGAGGAAGAAGAGAAAAAGGUCAUUUGGAAGUUGAACUGGAGAGUCGCAUUCACUGCAUGUCUCUUGUUUGUCAGUUUGCAAGUUGAUAGAG